AGAGCUAGCUAGCUCAGAGAAGAGAAGAGCUGUUGCGUAGCGCGCGCGCGCGCGCUGUGACGACGACUGUGAGUAGCGAGAGAGUGAGUGAGUGGUGACUAUUUCAAGAACAUCAGCUCGACCGUUUCUUCGACCCCGCGCCCUUUCCUGCUAGUAGCUUUGGAACUAACUGAACCAUGGGAGGCACGCUGGAGUACCUGUCGGACCUGCUGGGCGGCUGCAGCAGCAGCAGCCGGCGCCGGUACAACAGGAGGACGCAGUUCCAGACGGUGGAGCUCAAGGUGCGCAUGGACUGCGACGGCUGCGAGAUGAAGGUCAGGAACGCCCUCUCCCGCAUGAAAGGGGUGCAUUCCGUGGAGAUCGACCGGAAGCAGUCCAAGGUGACGGUGCAGGGGUACGUGGAGCCUCACAAGGUGGUCAAGCGGGUGCAGGCCACGGGGAAGAAGGCGGCCGAGAUCUGGCCCUACGUGCCCUACAGCCUCGUCGCGCACCCUUACGCCGCGCCGGCCUACGACAGGAAGGCGCCGCCGGGCUACGUGCGCAGGGUCGACGCCGUCAUGCCCGCCUCCAGCUACGGCGGACCCACGGCGGCCGGCCCGCAGGAGGAGCGGCUCGUCAACAUGUUCAGCGACGACAACCCCAACGCAUGCUCCAUCAUGUGAAUUUCAAUUACUACUGUGUCAAAUAGCUAUAGACCACGGGUGCAGCUCUCUUCGAUCACAGAACAAGUAUAUGCAUGGUCGCCUCGGUUGG